GGGACAUUGCUCUCCCGGCGGCGUGGGGUGUGGGGAAGGCCAGCAUCCCUAGGCCCCGCCAUGGAGGAGCAGGACCGCACCUGUGGCUCCACCUGGGAGCCCCCUCAGGGCAAGAGCCGCCCGGAUUCACCUUGGUCAUGGAUUCCGAUGAUGAAAGACCCUGGAUGGAUUCGAAAUGUGUGGUCUUCGAACAUUAAUGCUCAAACCAUGAAUUACGUGGGGCAGUUGGCGGGCCAGGUGUUUGUCACCGUGAAGGAACUCUACAAGGGCUUGAAUCCUGCCACCCUGUCUGGAUGCAUCGAUAUCAUCGUUGUGCGCCAACCCAACGGGAGCCUUCAGUGCUCCCCUUUCCACGUCCGCUUUGGGAAGAUGGGGGUCCUGCGCUCCCGAGAGAAAGUGGUUGACAUAGAAAUCAAUGGGGAAUCUGUGGAUUUGCACAUGAAAUUGGGAGAUAAUGGAGAAGCGUUUUUUGUUCAAGAGACUGAUAAUGAUCAGGAAGUGAUCCCCAUGCACCUGGCCACCUCCCCUAUCCUGUCAGAGGGAGCCUCGCGAAUGGAGUGCCAGCUGAAAAGGAACUCUGUAGACAGGAUAAGAGGCCUGGACCCCAACACAUCAGCCCAAGUCUUACCUCCCAGUGAGACCCCUUCAGGUGGCUCUUUAGGGAAGAAGAGAAGAAAAAGGAGGAGAAAAUCCCAGCUGGACACCCUGAAAAGAGAUGACGACAUGAACACAUCUGAAGAUGAAGACAUGUUUCCCAUAGAGAUGAGCUCAGAUGAGGAGACAGAACCGCUGGACAGCAGUAGAACUCUUUCUAAUGAUAUACCUCCAUUCCAAGAAGAUAUCCCUAAGGAAAACCUCUCCCCGGUCAUGACUUAUCCUCAGUCAGCAUCGUACCCUAAUUCCGAUAGAGAGUGGUCCCCCAAUACCAGCCCGCUAGAUUGCAAAAGGACUCACCUCCAUCUGGCAGUUGCGGCCGAGGGAGGUCUUUCUAGCUCUUGUCCUCCACAGUCUUCCCACUUCCGUGCUUCAGACAGUCCUUCAGGUUCCCGACCUUCGACACCUAAAAGUGAUUCAGAAUUGGUCAGUAAGUCCACAGAUAGGACGAUGCAGAAGAAUAACCUAGAAAUGCUCUGGCUUUGGGGAGAAUUGCCACAAGCUGCCAAGUCGUCUCCACACAAGUUGAAAGACUGCAGCCCGUUGUGCAGUAGAAAAGUCUGUGAUAAAAUGCACUUUGAGGCCAUUCAUAGCGAGUCUUCAGAUGCCUUCAGUGACCAGUCGCCCACACUGCCCAGGGGGCGUCCUCCGCAGCCGCUGGAGGAGCAGAGCAAGUCUCAGACAGAGAUGCAGUUUGUGAAUGAGGAGGACGUCGAGGCCCUGGGAGCAGCAGCCCCGCCCUUACCGACGGCUGAAGAGCCCAAGCCGCUCUCUGCCAGCCCAGCCCCGACAGCGACGGCCAGCAAGACAGAGUCUCCUUCUCGGAAAAAAGACAAGCGAAGCCGACACCUGGGUGCUGACGGCGUCUACUUGGAUGACCUCACAGAUAUGGAUCCUGAAGUGGCUGCUCUGUAUUUUCCCAAAAACGGAGAUCCUUCUGGGCUCACAAAACAUGCCAAUGACAAUGGAGCCCGGUCAGCAAACCAGUCCCCGCAGUCCGUGGGCAGUUCUGGCGUUGACAGUGGCGUGGAGAGCACCUCGGAUGGCCUGAGGGACCUGCCGUCCAUUGCCAUCUCCCUCUGCGGGGGCCUCAGCGACAACAGGGAGAUAACCAAAGAUGCGUUUUUGGAGCAGGCGGUGUCGUAUCAGCAGUUUGCGGACAACCCUGCCCUCAUUGACGACCCCAAUCUCGUGGUGAAGAUUGGGAAUAAAUAUUAUAACUGGACAACAGCGGCACCUCUGCUCCUGGCGAUGCAGGCCUUCCAGAAACCUCUGCCAAAGGCCACUGUGGAAGCUAUCAUGAGGGAUAAGAUGCCCAGAAAGGGAGGAAGAUGGUGGUUUUCAUGGAGGGGAAGAAAUACCACAAUCAAGGAGGAGAGUAAGCCAGAGCAGGGCUUGGCUGGAAAGAGCCACAGCACCGGGGAGCAGCCGUCACAGCUUGGCAUGGCCACCAGGUACAGUGCGGGUCACCUCGGCAGUGAUUUUUUGAAAAAUCCUGAUCCAGCUUCUCAUGGAACAGAAACCAAAUAUCCCUCAAUCUGGACCUUCCCCUCAAGCAGACACAUAAUUCGUGUUUUUCAGAAAAGCUUAAAGUUAAAGAAUGGCCCCAAUGAUGUGGUUUUCAGCGUCACCACACAGUAUCAAGGCACGUGCCGCUGUGAAGGCACCAUCUAUUUGUGGAACUGGGACGACAAAGUCAUCAUUUCUGAUAUCGACGGAACAAUCACUAGAUCAGAUACUCUCGGCCACAUUUUGCCCACCCUCGGGAAGGAUUGGACCCACCAGGGCAUUGCUAAACUGUACCAUAAAGUGAGCCAAAACGGAUACAAGUUUCUCUACUGCUCUGCGCGUGCCAUCGGGAUGGCGGACAUGACGCGGGGCUAUUUGCACUGGGUCAACGAGAGGGGCACGGUGCUGCCCCAGGGGCCCCUGCUGCUGAGUCCGAGCAGUCUCUUUUCCGCCUUGCACAGAGAAGUGAUUGAAAAGAAACCAGAAAAGUUUAAAGUCCAGUGUUUGACAGACAUCAAAAACCUGUUUUUUCCAAAUACAGAACCCUUUUAUGCUGCUUUUGGAAAUCGACCGGCUGAUGUGUAUUCAUACAAGCAAGUAGGAGUGUCUUUGAACAGAAUAUUUACUGUCAACCCCAAAGGAGAACUCGUACAGGAGCACGCAAAGACCAACAUUUCCUCGUACGUGAGACUCUGUGAGGUGGUCGACCAUGUCUUCCCCUUGCUGAAAAGAAGCCACUCUUCGGACUUCCCCUGCUCAGAUACAUUCAGUAAUUUCACCUUCUGGAGAGAGCCACUGCCACCUUUUGAAAACCAGGACGUUCAUUCUGCCUCAACGUAAAAUGUUCCAAGCAAGCUCCUGACAUCACGUGGAGACCGGGCACCCCCAUUAAAGGAUAGAUUUUGGGAGCCGUGGCGCAGGAGCUCGGGAGCCUGGCAUGCAUCCUUUGCUUAAGAGCAGGGAGAACUGAGAAGCAUUUCUCUCUCAUCCCCUGCCCUGGGGCUUGACAUUUCUAAGUGAAAUUAUAGACGAGGGAUCAGGCACCUUCUUAGGGUGGAAGGCAUUCCUCGGUUGUGGCUUAGAGCCAGGUGCAGCGCGGCCCUUCCCAGCCGGCUUGAGCAGUUCGUCUUCGGUUAAUGUGCAAUAUGGGCCUAUGAAACCUAAGCAGAGGCGGCUGACGGCAGUCCUUGCUGAUGACAGUGUCAGUCGAGGAACGCCGGAUUUCUGCGACUUCCAGCAGAGUAGGGGCACGUUUCCACCACAGCCGUUUGUGCCACCUCUUCCGCACCUGGCGGGAGGGCUGGGCUGGGUCACAUGACCUGAAUCUGAGGUCUCUGAAGGGACUCCAGACCUCACUGUUCUGGGCCUUGGCCUGUGGAUCUUCCCUUGCAGUAUUUGUCAACCAGUCUAAUUUUUAGGCGAUAAGUUCUUCUUUAAUUCCCUUUGGUUAAAGAUAACCUAUGUAACUGGCAUAUUUUCCCCCAUUUCUGUGGCUCCAGGCUGGAAUAUUUAUGCCUUAAUGCAUCUGUGGCAGACAUUUUAUUUAGAAUGUGCUUUGUCUAGCUCUCCGUGACUUUGCAAUGCCUUAAGUUCAGAUUCUAGUAAAUAUUACUGAGGCAGUAUUUCCGGUCCGUUCAGCACUCUGCCAGCAGCCUUUUAUCCCCCAAGGUGGUGCUGAAAACGUGGACCAGAGCUGAUGCCAAAUGAGAGUCAUGUCGAUUUCUGUUAGGAGCUCUCAGAAGAAACUGGUUGGUUUUAAGAAAAUAGUUUCAGGAAGUUAAAUUAUAUACUUUGUAGAUGGUAUUAUUUAUUGCUUUCCUCUGAUUGAAUUGCUGUUAUAAGCAUUUUGGCCAUAUUCUUACUGUCAUUAAUCCAUUAAAAAGAUACACAUGUUAGACUAUCCAAAAAGCCUUAUUGUGUGUAUCUCACAACACUGACCUUCUUUUGGAACUGAUGAGAAUACUUGCUAUUUUCCUUAGCUUUUUUUCACUCAAAUUCAAGGCAAGUGGAUAGGUGAUAACUUAAGUGUCAUUCUUUAAGCCAGUAGAAGAUGAUUCUUUUACUCGUUUAUUAAAUUGGCUUGUGGAGAGAGCCAUUUGAAAAGUGAAAGAAUUAUUUCAGUCAAAGAUUUGCUUUACUUUUUCAAGUGUUAUUUUUUUACAGAGUGUCUUACUCCAGUCAUAGAAAUACUUUCCUGUUUAAGUCGCGUCGUUUGGGUCGUGGGAGGCAGAAGAACAGUGGAAUGAAAUUUUACUCUUUCUAUGAAAGAAAACCCAGAGGCGUUGCCUUCCUUGUAGUUGGUGGGCCCCGUGAGCAGAGGGUUCCUUGACCGUGCGGCUCCUGCGGCUGCACAGAGAAAGGCAGGCGGACGUGCGGAGUUGACUGUAGAUUUGCAGAGAAACAUGGACAUGCAUGUGCAAAUUCCCUUUUGGAGGCGUUAAAAAUAAUUACAAAUAGUCCUGCCUUAACUCUUCUGGGCUUGUUCCUUAGUGACCUUUGGAGGCGACAUUAAUUCUUUCUGCCACGAGGGUAUUUUGGGGUGAAUUUAACUGUAGUGAACUCAGUAUAAGCUGGCGGGCCUGCAGAGCUGACAUGGCGUCUCCCUGUGCUGGGAGGAACGUGGCAGUGAGAGUGGCUAGCGUAUCCCUCAUGCCAUGUGACCCUCAUCAGGACGACAGCUGUGGUCUGCUCUGCACCUGGAGGUGUAAGAGCAUGCAACUUUGGACUCAUAAUUUUGAUGUACCUUAAGCUUCUGCACCACUGCGCUCUGAAACAGAGCACGCCUUCCGGAAAGGCGUGCUCUCGGAUCUGUGUCAAGGUCAGGGUGUGACCCCUGGAGAGCCUGUAAUAUUUACACCUGCCUGUGGCUUUGGAAAACGAGAUUUGUACCUGGGUGGUGCUCACAUGUCUGGGAGUUGGUUUAUCUGUGUUCACACAGCUAUAACCUGCUAACCCCACACGUCAUGUGCUAGAAUGCUGCAUUUGGCCCACACGUUUCAAAGUUGCCGUAUGGAAAUCCAUCACUCCGUAGUGACAGGUGAUCAGAUGUUCAUCACAUGUGAUGAAGAAAGAUGUAUAUACUUGGUAUAUAGAAAAAUAUAUAUACCUAGUACAUUGGAGAAAUGACUAUACCUUCAAAGAAAAUGCCCUUUUCAAUUUUAGAUUUGGAUCACCACUUUAAAUAUAUUUUAUUUACAACACUUGAUCUGUAUUUGUAUAUGCUGGUGCAAUGAUAAAAAUCACUGUAAUACUUCAUUGUGUUGUGCUGGAUCCAAAGCUAGAAAAUAUAAUAAAUGAGACUGAUGAAAGACUUCUCUGAAAA